AUGCCGCGGCCCAGCCGCGAGUCGUACGGCGACCAGAAGCCGCCCUACUCGUACAUCUCGCUCACGGCCAUGGCCAUCUGGAGCUCGCCGGAGAAGAUGCUGCCGCUGUCCGACAUCUACCGCUUCAUCACGGACCGCUUCCCCUACUACCGCCGCAACACGCAGCGCUGGCAGAACUCGCUCAGGCACAACCUGUCCUUCAACGACUGCUUCGUGAAGAUCCCGCGCCGGCCCGACCGCCCGGGCAAGGGCGCCUACUGGGCGCUGCACCCCGCCGCGCUCGACAUGUUCGAGAACGGCAGCUUCCUGCGGCGCCGCAAGCGCUUCAAGCUGCCGCGCCGCGAGAAGGAGGCGCUGGAGGCGGGGCUGGCGUCCGUGCAGAGGGCGGUCGCCUCCGGGGCCCCGCCCCCCGCGGCCCCGCCCACGCCGCCCAAGCCGUUCAGCAUCGACAGCAUCAUGCGCCGACCCCAGCACCCGGUGGUGCCGCGGCCCGUGCUCGCCUACUGCCCCCCGCCGCCGCCGCACCCCUGCUUCCACGCGCCGCCCCCGCCGCCGCCGCUGUUCGCCGCCGCCUGCCCCGCGCUGCACGCCGUGUACGCCGCCGCGCUCGCCUCCAACCUGACGCCAUACCUCGACGUCGUGGACACGUCGUCCUCGUCGUCGUGCGGCUCGGAGUGCGGCGCCGCCCCCGCCCACGGGUCUUCGGACGCGGUGUUGCCAAAUCGCUCCUCUCCCAGACCAGCCCGCAGCACGGACGCGUGCACGGGCGUGCAAGUAUGCGGAGCGGUGGGGGUAUGGUGGGGGUAUCAGCUCGGCGGCGGAACACCCUACCGGCCGCCGGGGGUACUAAUUUCAAUACCUCCGCCGGAAGAUAGUGCGGAAGAGCGAGACCCGCUGGUAAUCGCGAAGCUGACCUAUGACCGCGAAGAGUCGGAGGACCGCGAUGUUACAUCUGCCAAUAAGUGGGCCGUAUCCAGUACUGCUGCCCCCGACACGUAA